CAUAACACUACACGACAUCUACUACCUCCUACCGCAACCUUUUUACCCCUUAUGUUCCUUAAUCACAUCUUCUAAUCUCUCAUAUAUAAACCUCAAAUGAUGUUAUAUAUAUAGUUUCAAAUUUCCCUUCAUUUAUUUUGCUAAUCUUGAUUAUCAUACAAAAUAAAAUAGCCUAAAUUUGUUAUCAAAAAUCAUGCCUAGUCUCACAGACGCUUACAAAAAUCACCCUGUGGAGCAUAAUCUUAUUGCUCCUCUAGAUUUUAGCUUAAUCAAAGAUGUUCCUGAAUCCCAUGCAUGGAUACAAUCAAAUGAUUUGAAAGAAAACCCUAAUAUUAACAAGAAAGAAUUAGGGUUAAUUAGUGUUCCUAUUAUUAAUCUUGAAGAUACCAAUGUUUUGGAGCUCAUUUUUAAUGCAUGUGAGACUUGGGGAAUGUUCCAAGUUACAAACCAUGGAAUUUCAAAGCAAUUACUUGAACAAGUUGAAUUUGAAGCAAAGAAAUUAUUCAAUCUACCAUUUGAGGAGAAGAUGAAAACCUUAAGAUCACCCGAGGCGGCGACCGGGUAUGGGUAUCCUAGAAUCACUCCUUUCUUCUCCAAGUUAAUGUGGAAUGAAGGUUUUACUAUCAUGGGAAAUUCAUUGAUUGAUCAUGCUAAGAUACUUUGGCCUAAUGACUUUCAAGGGUUUUGUGAUGUGAUGGAGGAAUACCAAACAAGAAUGAAGGACCUUAGCGACAAACUCAUGGGCUUGCUUCUCAAAUCUCUCAACAUACCCGGACCCUAUAUGAAAGAGAUGGAUAAUGACUUAUGCACUGCAUUGCAACUUAACUCGUACCCGACAUGUCCGAACCCAACCCGAACCAUGGGCUUAGCCCAACACACUGACACCUUCCUCUUUACAAUCCUCCACCAAAGUGCCAAUGCAAGUGGUCUCCAAGUAUUCAAAGACGGACCCGGGUGGGUCUCCGUCGACCCGCAUCCAGGUGCCCUAGUAGUAAAUGUGGGUGAUCUUUUACACAUAAUCUCAAAUGCAAGAUUUCCAAGUGCAAUUCAUAGAGCAGUUGUAAAUAAUGCAACACAAAGAUUAUCCUUUGCUUACUUUUAUGGCCCUCCUUUGGAUUUUCAAGUCGCCCCUUUUUUGGACUAUCCAGGUUGUGAGGGCCCUACUUUCAAGUCUUUAAAGGUGAAGGAAUAUGUUGGCAUUAAGUCUAAGUACCUUGAUAUGGCUCUGUCCUUUGUUAGGAAAAGUUGCUAAGGUUGAUUAAGACCCUAAAAACAACAAUUUAAGUUUCCCUUUCUUUGUCUCUAUUUUAGCUACCAACACAUAUGAAAAUAUAUAACAUGUUAUCAAGAUAAUAAAAUUGGAGGGCUCAUACUUUUCAAA